UUAUGGAUAUAGAUGCAAAAAUCCUCAACAAGCUUUCCGGUGGUGACAACCUUCCCACGAGAACAUGCCCCUUGAAAAGGACCUCCUCCACCAGUCCACAAAAGAGGAGAUGAGGAAGCAUAAGAAGAAGUGCCUGGUGCAGAGCCCCAACUCCUACUUCAUGGAUGUGAAGUGCCCAGGAUGCUACAAAAUCACCCCCAUCUUUAACCAUACACGAACAGUAGUUUUGUGUGUUGGCUGCUCCACUGUUCUUUGCCAGCCUACAGGAGGAAACGCAAGGCUUACAGAAGGAUGAUCCUUCAAAUGGCAGCAGCACUAAAAGCACCCUGAAUCUAGAUGAGUGGGAAACUAUCCUAAUAAACAUAUUUUGGAUUAAAAACAAUCCUUGGGGUGCCUGGGUGGC